CACACGGGUGGCACACGGGUGGCACGGCGGGGACAGGGCGGGGCUGCUGGCCCCGCUGGAUGUGUCACCGCGGCGGAGUGGCCGCUCUUGCGCCACCCGCGCGAUGGGGACAGAGCGGGGACAUCCCCGGGCGGGGGUGACGCGGCCCCUUCCCGGAUCCGGUGGGGCCGCGCGGGGACAGCGCGGGGACAGCGAGUGGGGGACAACAGGGACAGGGAAGGUGGCAUCUUGGGGACAGGUCACCAUGGGGACAGGGCACAUGGCAUCUUGGGGACAGGGAAUGGGGGACAACAGGGACAGGGGACAUGGGAUCUCGAGGACAGGGAAAGAGGGACAUUAGGGACAGGGAAGGUGGCAUCUUGGGGACAGGUCACCAAGGGGACAGGGGGCACAUGGGAGUGUGGGGACAAGGCACACAACACCUUGGGGACAGGAGAUGUGGGGCCUUGGGGACAAGGGACACAGGGAUGGGACACUGGGGACACUGGGGGGAUUUGGGGACGGUGCUCACAGCACCUUGGGGACAGCACUCAUGGUGACAAUGUGAUGUCACCACAAGGUGAUGGCACCACAGGGGCCUGGCAGGGGCCACCCACGGGACAGGGGACACUGCGGGGACAGGCCUGGCACAGGUGAUACGGCACAGGGGACAUCCCCGCCACGGGCAUCAGGGAGGGGGCAUUUCGCCAUCGCUCGGUGUCACUGUCGCUGUCACCCAGCCCAGUUCGCGGGGCGGGCUCUGUCCCCGCCCCGCCCGGCCCUUUAAAGCCGCUGUCACCCGCGGGGACACGGCCCAGAGGACAAGGGACACGGUCCCGGAGGUGACACGUCCGCAGGUGCCACCGGGGACAGGGUCAAGUUCGGGGACAGUCCUGCUGGCACCCGUGCCACCUGUGCCACCCUCUCUGCAGGCCCAGCCAUGUCACACACGGCCAGAGCUGCCCUCAGGGGGACACCCCGGGGACACCGCCAGGGGGUCACGUCGGGGAACGGGGACACGGCCGAGAACGUCAUCGACCCCGACAUGGUGGCCUUGUUCGAGGACUUCCUGGGGACAGAGGUGGCGGUGGCCUUCGGGGCGGCGCGCCCCGGGGCCCGGCCGUACCACUACGUGCUGCGGGACACGGAGCAGCAGGGGCUGUGCCUGCGCCACGGCCACCUGGUGGCCACCAGCCUGCAGGGGGCCAACGCCACCCAGGAAGAGCCCAUCAGCGUUGUCCCCAACCGGCACCUGGAGCGCCGGCGCUGUCCCCUCAUCGUGGGCAUCCGCGGUGGCACCCGCGCCCUGUCCUGUGGCACCGGCCCCGAGCCCCGGCUGAGCCUGGAGGACGUGGGGCUGCUGGAGCUGUUCUCGGGUGACAAGGACAGGGCCACGCCCUUCACCUUCUACAAGACCUUUGGGGGCUCCACGCACACCUUCGAGGCCGCCGCCUUCCCCGGGCUCUUCCUCAGCACGGCCACGGGCCCGGGCGAGGCGCUGGCCCUGGCGCCGGGGGCCACCGCCUUCUACCUGCGCCGCCAGUGACACCGGGGACAUCCCUGAGGGGACAUCCCUGGUGCCACCGCCUCUAUCUGUGCCACAAGUGACACCGGGGACAUCCCUGAGGGGACAUCCCUGGUGCCACCGCCUCUAUCUGUGCCACAAGUGACACUGGGGACAUCCCUGGUGCCACCGCCUUCUACCUGUGCCACAUGUGACACCGAGGGGACACCCUUGAGGGGACAUCACUUGUGCCACCGCCUUCUAUCUGUGCCACAAGUGACAGUUCCACCAGCCAGGGACAUCCCUGGUGGGGACGUCCAUUCCCCAGUGCCACCUCCUUCUACUUGUGCCACAAGUGACACCCAGGGGACAUCCAUGGUGCCACCACCUUCUACCCGUGCCACAAAUGACACCUGGGGACACCCUGGUGGGGACAUCCGUGGUGCCACCACCUUCUACUUGUGCCACAAGUGACACCCAGGGGACAUUGGGGAUUGGUGACAUGCAGGGGUUGGGGACAUCCAUGGUGGGACAUUCCCCAGUGCCACCACCUUCUACUUGUGCUGCAAGUGACACUGAGGGGACAUCCAGGGGUUGGGGACGUUUGUGGUGGCAGGACAGCAGGGCUUGGAGCUCCCCGUGGGGGACAUGUCCGCACGGGGAGGGGACCCCCGGGGUUGGUGUCACCCCCUGUGAAUAAAGUGCCACCCGCUGGUGUCACCUCGUGGGCGCCAUUCCGGGAGAUCCGUGGGGCCGGGACCCUCCUGGUGGGGCGGGACCGUCCUUUUGGGGCCAGAACUCUCUUUUUUGGGGUCGGGGCCGUUUGGGAGAGGACCAAACGCGCCGGGGAGCGCCCCAAAACCGCCCCAAAACCCGCCCCAAACCUGCAGGGAACCGCCCCAAAACAAACAGGAACCGCCCCAAACCUGCAGGGAACUGCCCCAAAAUAAAUGGGAAUUGCCCCAAAAUAAGAACUGCCCCAAAACAAACAGGAAACGCCCCAAAACAAACAGGAAACGCCCCAAAACAAACAGGAAACGCCCCAAACCUGCAGGGAACCGCCCCAAAACAAGAACCGCCCCAAAAUAAAUGGGAACUGCCCCAAAACAAACAAGAGCCGCCCCAAAACAAACAGGAACUGCCCCAAAACAAACAGGAACUGCCCCAAAACAAACAGGAACCGCCCCAAACCUGCAGGGAACCGCCCCAAAAUAAAUGAGAACCGCCUCAAAACAAACAGGAACCGCCCCAAAACCCGCCCCAAAAGCGCCGGGAACCGCCCCAAAACCGCUGAGAAUCCCCCAAAACUGCCGGGAAUUGCCCCAAAACCGCUGAGAAUUGCUCCAAACCGGUCCCAAAGCUGCUGGGAAACCCCAAACUGUCCCAAACGGACCCAAAACUGAGGGGAAUUGCCUCAAAACCUCCAGGAUCACCCCAAAACCUCCAGGAUCACCCCAAAACUGACGGGAAUUGCCCCAAACCGCCCCAAACCUGCCCCAGAAUGGGGUGGGCUGAUCCCAAAACUUGGGAAUCAGGGGAUGGAAAAUUUGGGAUGAAAAUCCGGGAAAAUGGGGCUGAUCCCAAAACUGGGCUUCAAAAUCUGGGAUAAAAUAAUGGGAAAAUGGGGCUGAGUUCAUCAUGGGGGCAUCAGGGAUUGAGAAUUUGGGAUGAAAAUUUGGGAAUUUGGGGCUCAGACAUCCCUGGGAAUAUUUCCCCCACUCCCAUCUUUGUGAUUCAGCAUCUCCUUCCCAAAUAUCCCCCCAAAAAACCCCAAACCACGAAUUUUUAUGGAAAGAAAAUUUGUUUUUACAUCACUUAAAUAACUCUAACCCAGGUUUUUAGGAUGGGAAAAAAAAAAAUGAAAACCCCAAGACCAGGCAAUGACAAGAACAUCUUUAUAGGAAUCAAAAUUAAUUUAAACCAGGCGAAAUAAAUUAAAACAUUAAAUAUUAACUUUCAGUGCAACAUAUACAGAAGACAUGAGAGUAACCAUGACUUUAAAAAAAAAAACAAAAACCCAAAACAA